UAACUUACAGUAUAGAAUAUAUAAAUUUUUUGUAGGAGUAAGAAACAAGACGUUUGUUGGAAAGCUAGCUAUAGCUAGCCAACAUUGCCGUAAAUACAUACUUAAUGUCAAUAAAUAUUCAUAAUUUUUGUCACACUACCACUACUAAUAUCCUCAAUAUACUUUUAUUCACUAUGAUCCUUUCAAUAUGGCAGUUGAAAAUUAUAAAACCAAUAGUUGUUGAUAACUAAGGUCAGGACAGCUAGUAAACAACUUGGCGUCCUGAACUUUAUCUAAACUGUUUUUAUUGGCUUGGUGUUGUUUAACAUUUCGAUUAUAGCUUGCAGUUGCUUGUUAUUUUGUGAUCCGCUAUAGUUUACCUGUAGUGUAUCAAAUGUUUUAAGUUUGUGUCAGCUAUUUUUUUAAGUGAAGUCGAAGUAGUAAGAGGAACCAUUUUCUCAGUUUGUGACAUCUGUGGGGAAAUAACACAAAAAAUAAAAAAACAUGGCAGCCAUAUUUACACCAACCAAUCAGAUUAGAUUAACAAAUGUUGCUAUAGUACGCAUGAAGAAAAGUGGAAAAAGAUUUGAAGUUGCUUGUUAUAAAAACAAAGUUAUGUCAUGGAGGAAGGGAGCUGAGAAAGAUCUUGAUGAGGUUGUCCAAACAGAACAAAUUUUCACAAAUGUAUCUAAGGGACAACUUGCAAAGAAAGAAGACUUGAUAAAAGCCUUUGGUACAGAUGACACAAAGCAGUGUUGUGUGCAGAUAUUGACGAAAGGUGAGCUACAAGUUUCAGAUAAGGAGCGUUCUCAGCAGUUUGAGUCCAUGUUUCGAGACAUAGCCACCAUUGUUUCAGAAAAAUGUGUCAAUCCGGACACAAAACGACCCUACCCUGUGGGUGUAAUCGAAAGCGCUAUGAAGGAAAUACAUUAUUCUGUGAAACCUACAAAAGGAACAAAACAACAGGCGUUAGAAGUAAUUAAACAGCUUAAAGAGGCGAUGCAGAUCGAAAAAGCUCAGAUGAGAAUAAAAAUCUUACUGCCCAAGGAAUGUGCGAAAAGAGCUAGGGAAAAGCUACUGCCGUCCAUUAGCCAUAUAGAAUCUGAAGACUGGGAUUGUGGCCAACUCGAAAUGGAAGUUUUGAUAGAUCCCGGUUUUUACCGAACAAUAGAUGAGAUAGUGACGAACGAGUCGAAAGGAAAAGGUGCAAUAGAACUUUUAACACUAAAAGAAAUCACCGAAGGAGAAGAAACAUUGCAGUGAUUCAACAAAGUUCAGUUGAUGCGCAAGAUAGCGCUGUGAUCUUCUCAAAGAAGUCAAGUGACGUCACACUUUUAUUUUCUCGGAGUUUGGAUUCCAAAUCGUGGUACGGUCAACCUAUUUCAACUGUGAAAAACUAUUAGAGCAGCGUUCCCUCUUUGAUGCGCUUCACGUCUAGUCAUAUUUACUAUUAGAGCGAACUUCGAAUGAGAAGACUGAGCGUGAGCAUUACUAGUUUCAUCAAACUGAAUAUAAUCCGGAAGAGUAAACAA